UUCCUUCCCAUGCUUUUACACAGUGCACGGCCUGUUUAUACACAAGCCGGGAUGGGGCCGGAGCUCCAUUGUCUCUGAGGAUCUGCAGCUUUCAUGGAAUAUGAAGAAAGAAUAGGAAGAUCUUCAAAGUCUCCCUCUCCAAAGCAGAAUGUGAGGAAAAGCCUAGUUUUUGAGCCUCUGUCCACAACAGCACUCAUUUUGGAAGACAGACCAGCGAAUCUUCCAGCUAAAUCAGCUGAAGAAGCCCAGAAGCACAGACAAGAAUAUGAAGAGAUGGUGGCCCAGGCUAAAAAAAGGGAACUGAAAGAUGCCCAGAGGAGGAAAAAACAAUUGCAAGAAAGAUGUAAGCUGGAAGAAAGCAUCGGAAAUGCUGCAAUUACAUGGAACAAUGAAAUUCUACCCAACUGGGAAACAAUGUGCUGCUCUCGCAGGGUUCGGGAACUGUGGUGGCAGGGGAUACCGCCAAGCGUGAGAGGGAAAGUCUGGUGCCUUGCUAUAGGCAAUGAGUUAAACAUCACACAUGAAUUGUAUGAUAUUUGUUUGUCUCGGGCAAAGGAUCGCUGGAAGUCACUUAGCUUGGGAGGUUCAGAAAUGGAAAAUGAAGAUUCAGGGUUGUCUGCAGCUGACCGAGAAGCCAGCUUGGAAUUAAUAAAAUUGGAUAUUUCACGGACAUUUCCCAGCCUUUGUAUUUUCCAGAAGGGUGGGCCAUACCAUGAUAUGCUGCACAGUAUUUUAGGGGCUUACACAUGUUACAGACCAGACGUUGGCUAUGUACAGGGUAUGUCCUUUAUUGCAGCUGUGCUGAUCUUGAACUUGGAUACUCCAGAUGCCUUCAUCGCAUUUUCAAAUCUACUGAAUAAACCCUGUCAGAUGGCAUUUUUCAGAGUAGACCACGGACUUAUGCUGACCUACUUUGCAGCAUUUGAAGUAUUCUUUGACGAAAAUCUGCCAAAGUUAUUUGCACACUUCAAGAAAAACAACUUAACGCCGGACAUCUACCUUAUAGACUGGAUUUUUACUUUAUACAGUAAAUCAUUGCCACUGGAUUUAGCAUGUCGGGUGUGGGAUGUGUUUUGCCGCGAUGGAGAAGAAUUUCUUUUUAGGACUGCCUUAGGAAUUCUCAAACUUUUUGAAGACAUUUUAACUAGAAUGGACUUCAUUCAUAUUGCGCAGUUUCUAACUAAACUUCCAGAGGAUUUAACUGCUGAGGAUUUGUUUACUUCCAUUGCUGUAAUUCAGAUGCAGAGUCGGAACAAGAAGUGGGCUCAGAUUCUGUCUGCACUGCAGAAGGAUAACCGAGAGAUGGAAACUAGAAGUCCCGCACUUAAACGCUGAAUCUGAGUCCCUGCUCAGAAGAACUGCAAGACUGUACCAUUUUCAGUGUGGUGAAAUAGGGUAUUGGGGUCUAAGUUAGGAAUGUAUGAAAACACUGGAAUUGGCCUUAAAAGAUUUUAGCCUAUACAUACUAUUAAGUGUUUCCCAGGUGAAGUAAUCGUCCGGGGCAGCGCUGGCUAGUACAUAUGGGCAUUAAUAUGAGAGGUCAAGCCUUAAUUUUUUUUGCUGUAAAGAGAUUUACUGUAUAUUUAUAAUUGCAUUUAAUUUCAUGUUAGAAACAACCAAAACCACAAAAAUAUUCAUUAAUUUAGUAAAUCUGUCACUAUUAACCCUUCGGCAACCAGAGAGAGCGGAAAACAUUGUAAAGGAAUGCAUUGGGAGCCCUCCUCUGGCAGACAUAUGGUUAAUACAAAGGCCAUACGGUAACUGCUGUCUUUAUUUGUACUGAAUGCAUCCAUAGCUGUGGCGAGAAUUUCUACUAUUUUUAGUUUAGAAAAUUAUUUUGUAAUAUUUUAUUGACAUUUACCAAAGAUAUCUGGAAUAUCUAAUGAUGGCGUGAAUUAACUGAAAUAUACGUAACCGCAAAACUAGAGAGAAACGCAUCAGCUGAGAAGAUAAAGCCAUAAAGAUUUUCAUUUA